GCAGCCGCAGCGCUGCUGGAGGAGCGCGCGGCCGCGAGCCCGGGAGGGAGGGUAGGCAGGAAGAGAGGGAGGCGGGCGGGCAGGCGGGCGCGGGGGUCGGGGACUGAGGCAGUAGAGGGAGGCGAGAGCCCAGCAGCCGCUUCGCGCUGUGUUUGCUGCGCGGGCUUUUGGAGGAGGUGGCCGUCGAGUCGGCCGAGGAGCAGCGGGCAGCGGCGCUGUGGGUGCUGGUGCCUGGGGGCGGGGGACUGGGGAGGCGAGAAGGGGGGUCGCUGCGGUGGUUCUUUGGCCGUCGCGCUCUCCUCGCCCCUUUCCCUCCUCGGGGGGUUCCUCCCGGCAGCUCCCUCGCCUCCGGGGCCCCGCUCCCGGCCCCCCGCGUUAUGUCUUGAUCCCGAGCAGCGGGUUUCAUGGGGCUCCUCAGGAUUAUGAUGCCGCCCAAGUUGCAGCUGCUGGCGGUGGUGGCCUUCGCGGUGGCGAUGCUUUACUUGGAGAACCAAAUUCAGAAACUGGAGGAGUCCCGAUCGAAGCUAGAAAGGGCUAUUGCAAGACAUGAAGUCCGAGAAAUUGAGCAACGACAUACAAUGGAUGGCCCUCGGCAAGAUAUAACUUUAGAUGAAGAGGAGGACAUGGUGAUCAUUUAUAACAGAGUCCCCAAAACUGCAAGCACCUCUUUUACCAAUAUUGCCUAUGACCUAUGUGCAAAGAAUAAAUACCAUGUUCUUCACAUCAACACUACCAAAAAUAAUCCAGUGAUGUCACUCCAAGAUCAGGUGCGCUUUGUAAAGAACAUAACUUCCUGGAAAGAGAUGAAACCAGGUUUUUAUCAUGGGCAUGUUUCUUAUUUGGACUUUGCAAAAUUUGGUGUGAAGAAGAAGCCAAUCUACAUUAAUGUCAUAAGGGAUCCCAUUGAGAGGCUAGUUUCUUACUAUUACUUUCUGAGAUUUGGAGAUGAUUAUAGACCAGGGCUAAGAAGACGAAAACAAGGAGACAAAAAGACCUUUGAUGAAUGUGUAGCUGAGGGCGGCUCAGACUGUGCUCCCGAGAAGCUCUGGCUUCAAAUCCCAUUCUUCUGUGGUCACAGUUCAGAAUGCUGGAAUGUGGGAAGCAGGUGGGCUAUGGAUCAAGCCAAGUAUAACCUAAUUAAUGAAUACUUUCUGGUGGGAGUUACUGAAGAGCUUGAAGAUUUCAUUAUGUUAUUGGAAGCAGCUUUGCCUCGGUUCUUCAGGGGCGCUACAGAACUCUACCGUACAGUAGGAAAGAAAUCUCAUCUUAGGAAAACCACAGAGAAGAAACUCCCCACUAAACAAACCAUUGCAAAACUACAGCAAUCUGACAUUUGGAAAAUGGAGAAUGAGUUCUAUGAAUUUGCAUUGGAGCAGUUCCAGUUCAUCAGAGCCCAUGCCGUACGAGAAAAGGAUGGAGAUCUCUAUAUCCUCGCACAGAACUUUUUCUAUGAAAAAAUAUACCCUAAAUCGAACUGAAUACAAGGUGAACUGAAUAUUAGGUUUUUGAACUAGUACAUUGACCCUGUCUUCACCUUAGCUCUCCACUCCACAGCCUGGAUUGCUGGUAGGUGGGUAAGACAAGUUGUUUUGAGCCAAGUUAGGAAACAGACAAUUAACAUCAAGAAAGUAGAUGCUGGCUGGUAUGGCGGCGGUCUAAAUAGUUUAAGUUUCAGCCUUUUUUUUUUUCCCCUCUGGUUAAAUUUUGGUAGGAGUUAUAAUCUCCUGCCCAGAAAAACUCUACACAUCACCUAAACACAUAACAGGUCUGAUCGAAAGACUAAAUAGUUUCAGAAAAAGUUCUGAUUUUCUGAUUUUGAUGAAGCAUUUUUUUUUUUUUUUAACUAACAUAAAUAUGAAUCAUUUGCUAUUUCCACCUUCACCUGGAGGUUUGGGUUAUACACCUCGACUGAAUAGUGUUAUUACCUGUUUGGCCGUGUGUGCUUUGUUUUUGUGAAUCACGUCUCAUGAAAUUUAUUGGAAUGUUGAUCGUGUUUGCUAAGAAAUGUUUCUGCUGUAGCUGGAAUUGCCCAUAUAUUUAUGUAGGUCGUUUUUAAUUUUCUUUCAGAAAAUUGAUAAGUGUUAAAAACCAAUUUAAAGCAUUACUAAUACUGUAAAAAGAAUCAAAUCAGUAUUUCUCAUUCCUGUUUCCCCAAUAUUUAGGAUUGGGGAGCCACUUCAAGAAUGUUGACAUUGCCUGAAGUUUUAGUUAAAGGCUUCCAUUCAUUAAUAUCAAAAAAUCAAGUUUAGUAUUUGUUUCUCCAUGGGUUAUUCGUAAAGCUGUAAACUGGGAUAUCGGUGAUCCAUAUUAUAACUACAUUAGUGAGCUGUGGGAUGGGUAGGAUUUUUCCUACUUCUGUACUUUUACUUGUAGACUAUUUUUACUAAGGUGCUUUAUAAUGUGUUUUAAAGCAUUGCAUUUACAAAAAAUGGAAAAUGCUGUAAAUAUUGCAUAUUUUAUGUAUUUGGACCAAAAGGUUAUAGAUAAUUACACAAAAGUGGUUUUGCACCAAUUUUAUGUGAAGUAAAACCAUCAGACCUACUGUUCUUAUAUUUUUCAUUUAACUUAACUGUUAAGACAUCACUGAAACGACCUUCAAUAGCCUUUCAAUUUUGAUAUAUAGUACAUUAUUCAUAAUUGGGGGCAGUUGUUAUAGUGGAAAGAGUGCUGGACAAGGAGUCAGAAACCUUGAUAGUUCGUCCUGGCCCUGCCACUUGACAGCUGUGAGACCUUGGGCAAGUCACUUAACCUCACUUUGCCUCAGUGUCCUCAUCUUGAAAUGAGGAUCAUAAUACCUGCUGUACCUACCUCACAGGGAUGUUGUGAGGAUUAAAUCAGAUGGCAUGUGAAAGCACUUUGAAAACUGUAAAGCGCUGUAUAAAUGUAAGGUAUUAAGGACACAUCUUUAACAUAUAGUUUCAUACCAUUCAUUUUUUUUUAACAGAGAAAGGGAAAAGUCCACCUAUAAGCUGGUUGACGAAAAAGUUCAUCUUGAUAUAAAUUUUGUUUGAUAAAUAUCUUCUCAGUGUUUUAUCUUCCAUGUUUCAACAGCUAUUGAAAUAUGAAACACCUGUGAACUCUUGAUAAUUCACAAGCAGCUGCUUGAGUGCAGGGGUUCCCUGCUUGAAAAAGACUUCAUUAGCAACUCGAGGCAGGGGAACAUUUGCUCUUCAAAUUUGGAAAUUUUUCUCAUUUUAUUUUACAUCAUAUUCCGAAAUGUUGACUGUUUUGUACUUCUAGUUUUUAAGGUAUAUUUUACUGUUUAAUGCCCUGUGCAUUCUUUCCCUUCUUAGGCUAACAAAGAAUUUUGGAAAUGUUUUCUAUUAAAUAAUAAUCUUUAAUAUGUUUAGUUUAAAUAUUCUUGAAAAAGUUUUUGCCAAACUAAGCAUUUUAGGCAGGUUUCUUUAAAAGUUAUUAAUUAUAUGAGAGGCAAGGAGGAAGCAUUAAUCAAAAGGCGUCAUAAAUAAAUUUAAAGCAAAGCUACAGCAAAUUGACAAAAUCAUUUUAGCAUCCCCCAUCAGACAAGAUAAUCAGAAUCAGACAGGUGUGCUUUACUUAUUUGACUUUCCUCUCCCUUCUCUCUUCCUCCCUUCCUCCCUCCACUGAUACUCACUUUUACAGAUAUUUGUUGAAAAUGUAUGCAAAUCAUUUCUUUCCCCAAAAGUAAAUAACACUUCAAGGUGGAGGACAUCUGACAUUUAUCUGCCAAGGGUCCCCAGUCUUCAGUAAGAGGUUAUUUUUGGAGUCCAUGCUAAAAUCUUCAGGUGCAUUAACUUUUUGAGUAGAAUGCCAUGUAGUGCACUAGAUCAAGGGGUCAGUAGAAUUUUCCUAUAAAGGACCAGAGGGCAAAUGUUUUAGAUGUUGUGGGUCACACAGUCUCUGCCACAACUAUCCAGCUCUGCCGUCAGCACAAAAGCAGCCGUGGUCACUUCAUAAGAGAAGGCGCACGGAUGGCUGUGUUCCAGUGAAACCUUGUUAAGAAAACAGAUGACAUUCACGAUAUGGGCUAUGGGUUGUAGUUUACCAAACCCUGUAACAGAGAAAUCAUGAUUUAUGGAGAAAUCAUUUUUGAAUCCUUACUAGAGAGGCCAAAAAGAGUUCAUAUACUUCCAAAAGCUCCUAACUUCGAGCCAAAGGAUAGCUUUCUAAUUCAGGUGGUGUCUCCCACAGAUUCAUAAACCUUUAUGACUUAGAUUGCUUCCAGGUGGCAUGUUUUCUUCCCCAUUUAACCGUUCAGAAGAAGGGCAUUUAUUCUGUCAUUUUUUUAAGGGUGGUUUAGACAUAUCCUUCCUGGAGACCAAUAAAGAGUUGGAUUUAAGUCCAUCUGGUCCAAUGUAGUCCUAGGAUUCUGACAAGUGCAGCAUCCUUAUAGUAGCUAACUUUAUAAUCAAUGAAAUAAAUAGAACCACUGAGACAAUAAUGUAUUUUUUUAAAGUGGCAAAUGUGAUUUUCUUUUUUUCAGCCUUUGUGCUUUUUCAGUAUUUUGAUCAUAGGGAAUUUUUUUUAUAAUACAAAAGCAGAUUAACCACUGAAUUUUAAAAGAUAAUGUUAUGUGUGUAUGUGUGUGUGUGUAUAUAUCUAUAUAUAUCUAUAUAUGUUAUUUCCUGAGAGGAAAAAGUACCUUUUUGUUCAACUUGUAUCAGCUGUUUUCUAAUUGCUGUGAAAUGGCAACUGUUGAUAAAUUAUUGUGACUGUUUUAAAAUGUAAUGGGGAGGUUAUAUUUUUGUUUUACCCAGCUUUAUUCUGUAAAGUAUCACUUAAAUAUAUCUCAGAGCAAUGCUUAAAUAUUGCAUGGGGAUUACUUUUUCAUCUUCCAUACUAAUUUGUGCAACUUUGAACAUAUCGGGUGCUUCUGGAUUCCUGAUGGUUGGAUUUCAAAUAUUGAAAAUCAAAGAACUUAAACUUACUGACUUUUAAUCUUUAAAUGUUAUUUUUGAUUCUUGAAAUUCAGCUAAUGACUAUAAUUUGAAAUCUCUUGUUGCUCUCUCAAUUUCUGUCCUAUUGGAAAUUCCUAAAGUUGUUAGUGCCAUCAGUGAUUUACAAACAGUAUUUUGAUAUUGCAGAUGAUUUGCUCAUUGUAUUUGCAUAGUUAGAAAGAAAAUAGUUUGUAGACAAUGAGUCUCUUCUUUUUCUAAUAAAAAAAGAAAAUUUCUAAAAGCACUAGAGAAUUUAACUAAAGGCUGGUUCCCAAAUGCAUAGCUGGUAUUUGAAUUUAUAUUCAAAUUCUACAUAGAGCGCAUCUGUGUAAACCAUCUAUCUGGGUUUUCCCAUUGAUCAUUCUCAAACACACCUAUGGCCCCAGAAUCCUUUAUUAUGAGAAGCACCCGGUACUAUAACCUUUCAUGAAGUUUGUUUUUAAUAGGCCCAGGUGCUUCUACUUUAUGAUUUGAAAAUUUGCGUCUUCAUAAAUUAGUGCUAUUUAUUUUGAGAGGAAGCAGGGCAAUUGCGGUUAAAUUUUUACAUCCAUUCACCCUGUGCAAAGUUGUUGUCAGUGGAACUGCUGCUCAGUCAGGCAGCCUUUUGAGGGGAAAAGCAACUCUGUGAAAAAUGCACUGCCAAAUCAGCUCCUCUGAAGUGGAGCUUACUUUCUGAUUUCCUGGGGUGGAAAUUUUAGAGAUUGAAAUGGGCGAUCAGUUAGUCAGAUUUGUCCCAUAAUUUUAGUUCAUGCAGCUCUGUGACCUUUGCAGUACUGUUUUUAAAAGGACCCUGAUGGCAGUGAUCUCUUUCAAAAAGCACUGCUUGUCAACCUGUGAUGUAGACACACUGGUGCUAUCUAUCUGAUUUUUUUCAGACAGCCUUUCUGUUACGAAUCAGAUAGGUGAGCGUCUGUAAACCAGUGUCGAAUGUAAUUUUAUGAAACAUGGAUUGUGUAUUUUGGCUUUAUUUUGUGAAUACACAAACAGUUAAACAGUGCCUUUUUUCCACUCACAGUCCAUGUUGGAAGGUGCUCACUCCUUCCUCUGCUUUCUCUUCUCCCUCUCUUCUCCAUUCAGUUGAUACAUUUAUGCUUUACUGUUUCCAACUUGAAACAAUUUUGUCACAUCUGUCUGCUAGAUAAUCACUCCUUUUCCUUAACAUUCUGCCAGCUUUCUGUUGUUGAAGUGUUUCAGUUGAUUACCUGAAGCAAAAGCUAUCAAAUAAAUACUCAGUGGGAAGGGGAAAACUGGUUUGGUGUCCUUUCUUAAUAUUUUCUCCUACCAUAGCCUUGAUGCUGAUGGACAUUUUUGAUGGACCUUUUCCAGGUGGACACAGUAUUCAGUGUUACCAGCUUAACUCUCAGAUAUUAUUGCCAAAAGAAAGAUCUAUGUCUUUAUUGGUCUCUAAUGAUUUUCUGGCUUAUUUGUGACUGUAUUUUGUCCAGACAUGCCUCUACCUCUUCUCCUUUUUUGCUUUGUACUUUUAUCAUUGGCAUUACAUUUUUAGAUAAAAAUUUACAAGGGAUACAUAGGAUACACACUUUAAAGGAAAUGAGGGCGAGGCAGCCAACUUAAAAAAGGGAAAAGCAAAAGCAAAAAGUUAAUUUCAUUAAUUUGUAGUGUGUAGUUGAUUUUUUAAAAAGAUUUUUUUAUGCAUAUAAGAACUGGGGUACAGGCCA